AUGUGUUGUGUACAGACAGCUCAUUGUGUUUAGUACUCGACUACAAGUGACCGACUUAAUGUGUUGAGGUGUUUUUUUUUAUUUGUAUAUUUUAUUAUUUAUUAACGUAUUAAAAUGAGUGAUGGCAGAAAACGUUUAAGUGGAAGUGCUUAUAAAAAAGUUGCUAAAUUAAAAUUAGAAAAAGAACAAAAAGUCAUUUCUCAAACCGCAAAAUUAACUUCAUUUUUUGGCAAUCAACGACCAUCAAUCUCCAAUUCGCCAAGUAAAAUAGAGACUACAGCUGAACAGAUUUCAAAUGAGUCUAGUGAUAAAAAUGAGCCUAAUCUUCAGAGUCCUCUUGAAGCCCUAGCAAAUGAAAAUCAAAUAAUUGAAAAUUCGGAAAAACAAUUAAUAAAUACGUCUUCUAUUGCACCAAGUGAACAUCCUCUACAUAGUACUUUUGAAACCAUGGCAAAUGAAAAUCAAUUAAUUGAAUAUUCGGAAUUAUUAAAUACGCCAACUAAAAAACCCAAUCCAACACUUUUUGGGGGGCGGCAAAAUUAAGAGCACCGGGCGGCAAAAUUCCUAAAUGCGACCCUGGUUACUAUAAAUAAAUGCACUGAACUACAAGAA